GUUAGCUAAGUUAGCUCCUCACAGUUCGCUCCACCCUUUUCUCUUUCAGUUUGUUAGGAAACAUGUCAGGUCUUCGUGUCAAAGCUCUGGAGCUCCCAUUCUUGAGUCUCUGUCUGCUGGCUGUGGCUGGAAUAAUACCUGCACACGGGUCAGGUGACGUCACAGUGGUCGUCAAAGAAGGGAGUGAUGCUGUGUUACCCUGUUCCCUCAGCACCAAGGAGAGCAUUUCAGCAAAGCUCUUUGACUGGAGGAAAGCUGCUCAGAUAGAUGGUCAUCGGAAGGAGGUGUUCAUGUAUGAUGCAGGAAGCCAUUACAACAACAGGCGUCCAGGUCAGAGUGAGGAGUUCAAAGGUCGAGUCUUUCAUUUUAAAGAAGAACUGAAACACGGCAACGCCUCCAUCAUCAUCAGAAGUACGAAGGUGACUGACAGUGGAGACUACACCUGUGAUUUUCCACGUCUUCAGCCACGUCAAACAUUCCACAUUAAGCUUGUUGUUGAAACCAUCAUGAAAGACCGAUCAGGAGAAAACCCAGCUGCAACUCCAAAGCCGUCUAUCAGGACGCUGAAUGCCACAGUGGGGGUGCUGCUGCAGUGUGAGGUUCGAGGUGCCUCUCCAGAGCCACAUCUUCAGUGGCAGGACAGUGCUGGAAACAAACUUCCUGCUGAGGAGCCGCAGGUCUCAGAGAGAGAAGGCCGCUACUACAUCACCCUCAACGCCAAUGUGACCAAGAGUGACCUCUACCGCUGUGUGGUGACACAGGAGGAAAUCAGUCAUCAGACUCAUGAGGAGACAUUUGUGCCUUUCUCUGAGAAAGUGUGUGAGGACUCAUCCUGCAAAGUGGCUGUUGGAUGGUUGUUUGGUGGUUUGGUUUUGGGAGCUUUCAUUGUUGUUGUAGCUCUAGCUCUGCUUGUAGCUUUGAAUCGCAUCAAAAUACUCCACAAUAGAGGCUCCCCUCUGCAGGAAGAUGGUUCCUGCAACACAGGAAACAGCUCGUGCCUCAUGGGAAAUGGUUCCGGGAAUGGCACCCAGGAGACAUCCUCUAAAGAUCCUUCAGCGCAGCCACUCAACUCACGAGAUGUUUAGGGGUGCGAGUGUGUCAGUAUUGGCAAAAUACGUGUUAUACAAGGUGGAUCGGCGUUACAAUCUACAUUUUCCCAAAGGGCCAAAGACUCUCAGCCACUCUGACAGAUCAAGUUUUAAUAGGGCUGAAACGAUUCCUUGAGUGACUCGAAUAAUUUUCUUACUAAGAAGCCUCUGUUACACAACCUGCUUUCGUUACUCACGCUGUAGAACUAGAAACUAAUCGUCAAAAAUCUACCUGCCGUUCUUUAUAAUGAAGAUUCAAAUAGAGUUUUUCCUGGGAAAAAGAGUUUGGAACUUUUAUGGACGCUACCGUACUACUCUGUCAAUCAAUUAACUUUCCUACUGAAAACCUGUUUGACUCAAGUAGUGACGUCACCACCACGCUACUGAGAAUGCUGUUAAAUUAGUAACAUCACCACUUGUAGUGACGCUACUGCCCAACACUGAUUAUUUUUGACAGCUUGAGAAAUAGCAGCACAGUGUGAGUGCGUGUGAAAUCAGUCAUUUGCAUGACCCUUAUUGCAUGCGAGUUGACACUUCCGACUUUCAAAGAAGGAAACGAAUUUGUUGCUCAUUUCCCUCAUUUCGGUGACUUUUAUAUGUUACUAGCGUCCUUAGAUAAAGCUUAAGUAAUUUAAUGAACACAAGCAGUAUUUCUAAUGCGAUUACUCGAUUAAUCACAAUAAUAAUUGAUAGAAUACUCAGAUUACUAAAAGAAUUGAUAGCUGCAGCCCUAAAGUUUAACAAAGGUUCUGUCUUACAACAGGAAUUUUUCUGUUACUCAGGUGGCUGCAACUCAACACAGUCAACACAUUUCUGAAUGCUCAGUGUUGCUUUUGUUGUUUUUUUUGUUUGACGUCAUUAUGUUAUCGUCCUCUCCAUCUCAUGCAUGUAUCUCAUUGUAUUUUCUCUCUGUCCCACUCGUGUCUGAAAAGUGGAGAUGUAACUCUCCACUGGACUGUUGUUAAGGACAAUAUAGCAGCUAAAUGUAUGAGAUGAAACUACAUAGAAACUCAACAAAGUGAAUGAAAUGAAAUCAAUAAGACAAUGAUAACUUAAGAGACCUGCGGUACGUUUUUUAAAUAGCCAUGCUGAUCAUGUCAGAUCCAAAUGUUUAAUUCCAAAAACUCUGAGGCUCAAACCAAAGAGGACAGAAAUGUAAACAAUCAGGUGACAGACUAGCAGAUCCGUCUCUUAACCACGCAGUGCCUUUAAACAAAAGCAAAAAUGUGCAGCUUGUGAAAUAAGGCAAUAAGUGUUUGAUGCUGUUUUUUUUAUUGUCCUUUUAAAAUGGUUAAAAGUUGAGCAGGAGCGGUGUUGAUGCGCUGACAGGUGACUGACUUCAGUCUGAGGAUUGAAUGUAGAGGAUUGUUACAGACCUGAUAGGAAGAGAUGGAGACCAACUGUGUCUUUAGACUUGAGAUUGUUAUGAACAUGAAUGUAGCAAAGACUAACUGACAGAGGUGGGGGACUUGAAACUUGCUUGACUCACACUGAUGAAAGACUCGACUUGAUAUUCAUGACAUGGAUUAGAUGAUUAUCAAAAUAGUAGCAAAUUUAUUUUUUGUUAAUUGACUCAUAGUUCCAGCUGUGCUUGAACAUUUUCAUAUGUUUCGAGUGCAAAACCUUAAUUUGUAAAGUAACUAGUAACUAAAGCUGUCAGAUAAAUGUAGUGGAGUAGAGGUCAGACUUGUAAUAACAGUACCUGAGUAAAUGUGUUCUGUCACAAUCCACCACUGGGUAAAGUUUAAGUUACAUUAUCUUUAUGAGUUUGUGAGUAUGACUUGACUUGUGACUUGCUUGACCUGAGCAAUCAAUGACUUGACUCGACUUGCUUGAUUUUCACCACAGUGACUUGGGUCUUGCUCAAGACUAGAAGGUUAUGACUUGAGACUUGCACAUGUGUGCCUCACUCCCACCUCUGUUAACUGAAGGAACAAAGACUGUGCCUGCCUUGUGAACUGGAUUCUAAAGAGAAAGUGUUUAAAAAACAUCUCACUAGUUUUAUACCUUAAAAAGGUCAAAGCUCAGUUCGAUGUGACCGAUCUUAAGCUUGUUUUAAAUAUUCUGUCUUUGAGAGCAUUUAUUUUAAAUUAUUUUUACAUAUAAUGUACUGUAUGAGAGGGUUUUUUUUAUUAUUACUGCUUUAUUAUUACUUGUGUAUCACUGCAGUCUGACAGGUCCAAGAUGAUUUCUGUAAUCUUAUAAAUGCUGACAGUACAACAGUGCACACUGAAGAGGAGCUUGUUUGGAUUGUAUUUUUAUAAAUAUUUUUAAGGGCCAAGUCAAAGUUUGCCAGUUACAGUAUGAAAAAGCAUUUUGUUCUAUUCGUGCCAUAUUAAAGAAAUUGUAUGCUUUUAAAUUGAAAAAUUAUGUUUUACAUGUGUCAAAUCGGCAAUUAAUUUUAAUCAUUAUUAUGCUUUCUUUCCUCUUAAAACAUUUGCUGACCUUUUCUUUGAUUCAUCAUUGCAAAAUCUGUAAUUACAUUUUAUUCAUGUCUUUUUUUUUGCUGUAAAAAAAACCCAAACCGCACUUCAGUAAUGCACUGCUGUUUUGUUUCUGUUGUUUGUUUUUUUUCAGUGCAGAAUUAAAGGCACUACAACUCUUUCAUAGUGAAUACCUGCGCUGUUGAAUGUAAAUAAAUAAAU